AUGAAUAACCAAGGAGUUACCUAUGCAGAACUCAGUCAGGUUAAGGGUUUAAGAAGACAGCGAGUGAAAGCUGAGGGCACUAAAAGUGGCAUUUUGGGAACUGAGCAGGAAAUAAUAUAUGCAGAUUUAACUCUUCAAGAUGCUUCUCGGGAUCUUCAAGGGAAUGGCAAGAACUACCAAUGGAAAGGGAAGGUAAUUGCUGGGAUCCUGGGAAUCAUCUGCCUUGUCUUGAUGUCCACUGUGGUCACAAUAGUUGUUAUUCCCUUUACUGCAGGACCAGUGCAGAACAAGGCGUCCGUGGAAAUAACGACCCAGAAAGCUUAUCAUUGUGGUCACUGUCCAAAAGAGUGGAUUACAUAUUCCAAAACUUGCUAUUACAUUAGCACUGAAAGAAAAUCAUGGAAUGAGAGUCGAUUAUCCUGUGCUUCUAAGAAUUCUACCCUGCUCUCCAUAGAGGAUGAAGAGGAAAUGUGUUUGUUCGGCUUCCUCAUUCAUUCUUCAUGGAUUAGUAGAGUUUCCCAGAAUAUCAAUAUUAAUCCAUCUCUGUGUCCAAAAGCCUCUGCCUUCUUUCCUACACCGUCAUCAGUUUUUUCAGCAACUGACAGGACUUGUUCUUUUUUCAACUUUGACUCAAACCUGAGAUCUUUUGAAAACUGUUUAGAUCUAAAAAUAUAUGUUUGUAAGCAUUAG